UAAAAGUUCAUCAAUUUCAUCUGCUUCUUUUCACGUAGUGUAUUUAAUCUGCUCGUUAUUAUUGGCAUUCAAUGAAAAUAUUGACACAUAUAUUAACCGAAGCUGUAAGUAAAUAUUUUGUUAGAUUUAAUUCGAACGUAGACUUGGUUAGUUUAUGUACUUAAAGAUCACUAGUGCUCGUGCAUUUACCGUUAACGCUGUUACGUUCGAGGUAAUUAUUUAUCCGUUACUCAUAGGUGAAACGUUAAUUCAAGAUAAUCGACAGAGCAGUAUCUGGUAUUCGCGUGAGAAAUCGCGGAAUUUCUUCUGCAAUACCGGCACCGCACGCGAGGAUAUUGGUCCCAUCGCUAGACACAUGCACGCCAGCGCCGCGUGAAACAACCAGUGGCGUAUCAGAGAAAACAGUAAUGGAAGAUAUCGAGCAGUUUUUCAAGUUUCGUUCGUUUCCAUUUUAAAUGAUCGAAUUAUCCGAUCGUAUCAUAUUCGAGAGACAGUCAUCAGUUCCCAGCACAAUUAACGCGUUAAUCAGCGUUCAUAUAAUCGAACAUUCUACUGGAAAAAGAAUAGACGAGGGCAAUCUUCUCGCAUGCACCGACGCUUCCGAGAGAAAACUCAGAGAACGGCGUUUCAUGAUCUACAUUAAUGGAUCUCCGCUGCGGGAUGUGGCGGCCAUCUUGGAUCUUCUCGAUCAAGAUGCCGCCGGUUCAAUUGAACGGCAUGCAGACAACGUGGCCGUUGGUCACUGCGAAAUAGAGAACGACGUGUGAAAUGGGUAUCGUGAUGUACCGACCGGAUGUCACUUCCUGCUUACCACGUCUGCGCAUCAUUGUAACGUGCACCGUACCUAGCGAUGGGAAUAAGACGAAGCCUCUCCCAGUUUACUAUUGACCAUUUCCAACGAUGAAAAGGAGAGCGCGGCUUGUAACCAGGAUCGGAUCCAGUCCGAUGAGUUUUAGAAUGCAGAAAUAGCCAUCACCUGCUAUGCGAAUAGAAUUCAAUGAACUUGGCGAAAUAUGAAUGGUACAAACGGUCCGAGACCGACGUAUGUGGGUGCUAACAAUGGUAACGCCGGUGGCGCCGGGGGC